CACGCCAGUGGUACAUUGUGAACAAGCGGCGCCGCACUAAUGAGUGCUGUUGGCUGUUUGUCACUCAGGUCCAGCUGUCCACAGGAUCAGUCCCAGCGAGCAGAGCCAGAGGACGGACCUCAGCGCCGCCAUGACGCCGGACGAGCCUGACCUCAGUCACUGGUGCUCCCAUUAGCCCUCGGAUGAUGGGCCUGAUGCCACCUUCUGGGCCCCCGCUCCAAGGGGGUUCAUCGGCUUUGGAGAGCGCCCGCCCCGCGAGCUCCCCUAUGCCGCCUCUGCCUUCGCUGUCCUGCAGCAUCGAUGAGUCCUACAAAUACGUCUUCCUGCCCGUCUGCUACUCACUCACCUUCCUCUUCAGCCUCUCCCUGAACUCUGUGGUUCUGCUGCGCUCGUGUCGCAACUCUGGGGGGGGGACUGGGGCUGUGCGGCGCUGGAACACCUCCCUGAUCUACAUGGUGAACCUGGCCACCACCGACCUGAUGUAUGGCCUGUCGCUGCCCUUCCUGGUGGCCAGCUACGUGCUGCGGGACCGCUGGGUUUUCGGGGACUUCAUGUGUCGCCUGGUGCGCUUCCUGUUCUACUUCAACCUGUACUGCUCCAUCUACUUCCUCACCUGCAUCUCUGUGCACAGGUAUCUAGGGAUCUGCCAUCCCAUGAGGACCAUCACCCUGGAGAGUAAGCGGGUGGUGAAGGGGACCUGUGCGCUGGUGUGGAUGGUGGUCUUCAUAAUUACCUGCCCCAUCUUCAGGUUUGCCCAGACAGGACUCGUUUCAAGAGGAAAAGCGGGGCAUGUUGGUUCUGAGGAUGGCAGGAACAGCACCGAACCAGAAUAUGAGGACAGGUACAUGAACUGCUGGGACGACGCCAUCGACGAGGAGUUUGCUGAUUACGUUCCAUACGGCAUUGUGCUCCACCUGCUGGGCUUUUUUAUCCCCUUCGUCACCAUCGCCUGGUGCUACUCUCAGGUCGUCCGGACAAUCUUUCAGUCUCUGCGCUCUCCGCCCAGUUCCAUUGAGGGAGGUGACGACGGUCCGGCGGGGGACGGAGUGGUAGAAGGUGGCAGAGAUCGCGAAAGGACGUCUGUCUCCAUCUCAGGCUCCCAGUACUCACACUACAUCCGCCGCCGGCGAAAGUCCAUCAAAACCAUCGUCACCAUCACGCUGUUGUUCGCACUCUGCUUCCUCCCCUUCCACGUGACCCGGACGCUGUUCCUGCUGCUGCGGCGGGGGCAGCUCGGCGGCUGUGACGCCAUGAAGACCGUCUCCAUCUGCUACAAGGUCACCAGGCCGCUGGCCUCCUGCAACGCGUGGCUCAACGCCCUCCUUUACUUCCUCACCGGGGACAAUGGCGCCCCCUGCUGCUGCCACGCGGGACAAAAUGUUCGAAGACACCGCCGCAGCGGCACCCUCUGGUGGCCGCUUGCGAUACUGAAAAAGGAGGGAGCGGGGGAGGAGGAUCACGUGGCUGCGGAGAAGGCGGAGAGGGAGCUGCAGACGGAAAAUGAAUCCAAGUCUUCCAGGGUCGUUUUUUAACACACCGGAGCUCCAGUGUUUUUUGGUUGUUUUUGAUUUACUGCCGUUAACAUGAUCAACGUAAUUCCAGUAGAUUGUGAAAGAGAAAAGCGACUUUUCUCCUUCACAAUCUACUGUAAUUACGUUGAUCAUGCUGACAAUUAAAAAGUUACAGUAUGUUAAAGAUUUUGUGAACAAGCUUCACUUGCGACGCCUCAUAUAUUUAAAGGUUAAAACAUUGCAGAGGAUUCCCGAGGUCUACUUAACCCUAAUGUUUUCUAAAAAUAUUUAGGGGCUCUGUAAAAAAAAAAGUAAAAAAAAA